AUGAUAUUGAUUGUGUUACUGGGGCAAUUUUCAGUCAUUGUUGGAGGAAGUAAAAAAGAUGAUCGGCGAGAAGUCACUCUUAAAGAGCUGGUUUCAAUAUGGCGCAAAGAAGGAGGCUGGUAUCCCCUGAGAGAACAACCAGACCCCAAGAGGUCAAAAGAACAACAAAUCCACUCAGUGGUGCGGAGUAUUGUUGGAGGUCUUAAGUCCCUGGGGCUCCUGUCUCAGAGGAGUGGAAGUCUGUCAUCUCUAAAGAAGCCCCUUGAAAGAAAUCGACUUUCGACUUUCCUUUAUAACAUUUCCAUGUACCUCCAAGAGAUGGGGGCUGAGUUAGAUGAUCGCCAACCAUCCUUCGGGGAUGAUGACUUUUGGGAGAAAUUACUGCAGUCUUUUUUCCAGUCAGAGGCAGGAGUUGCACUCGGACAGUGGCAUGAGAGGGUUUCCCCCAGACCCAGUUUCAAGCUCCAGGAUUUCUUUCUGUCCUUAAGGGGGAGCCCGCAUUGGGAUGGACUACUGGGGUUGGUGCAAAGCAUUAUGAGCCUCUCAGAACGGCAGCCUCAAAGACCCAUCCUAAACUUUGUGUCACAAAACUGGAAGACCAUCAGUGCUUUGUUUGAAACUGCUCUCCAGGCUUUAGUUAGUGGCACCUAUGGCCAAGCCAGUGCAGGACUUCAGGGGUUUAUCUGUGUCCUGAAAGGACGAAAUGACUGUGCGUUCAACCUGAGUUGGCUGCAGCAACUCCUCAGUUUUUUGGAAACAAGGAACUGGAAACCGGUAGUAAGUUUGCACCCUGCUGUAAGCGGCGACCAGAGGGACGGUGCUCUCUCUACAGGGCGUUUUAAGCCUUUCAGCGUACCCCCUGAGGUCCUUCAAGAGGAACGUCUGUUCCUGAACAGAACACAGUCUGACUUAGAGCUGGGCAGCCUGGCCUCUAUGCAAACGCUGCUCUUGCAAGCUCUGUCGCGGUCAGGUACAGGAGAGAGAGCAGUGCAGUUUGCUGAACGUAACCCUGCACUCCUGCAGGGCCUGGAUGGCCUGAGACGUGGUCUCAUGCACAGAAUAGGAAGCGCCGUAUACAGUAAUCUGAGGAGAAAGGUGUCACAUAUGACAAUGGUGUUGCUGGAUGAUGUCAGUGGCAUGGUGGGUGAGCCGCAGCACAAUCACCAAGGGAUAUGCUCUGUGGGUGACCUAAGGCAAUUAAUUUUGUGGGGGGUUAGGCAUAACCUGACAUGGAAUGCACAGGCCAUGGGUUUCAGUUCCCAGGGUCCACCUAGCAGUCCGCCCUUCAUGUCCUGUUCUGCCCCUGAGGAUGAAAAAAAGAGCACAAAACCACGUCCAUCUCAUAGAUCUAGACACUUCCGGUCUGACAUACCAAAACGAGACCAGGGCGAGGUUGACCUCUCCGUGGAAAUCCUGGAGGCUGCAUGCAAUGACUCCAUCCCUGGCCUCACAGGAGUGUCAAACUUCACAGUGUUUUUGUACUGCAAUCUCUUUGAUGGAAGCGAUGGAUCAUUGAUCCCUGGAUUCGGCCACGCUCGACCGGAUCUGCAUGUAACCUGCUCAAAUGCAGCUUGGUACCUCUCUGCAGCUGAGGAUGAUUUCCUGUGGGUGCACGUGUGCAGUGAAUUCUUUGCACAUGAGUUCAACAAUACUGUGUGUGCCAACUCCUCUUUCUGGAUUCAGCGUGCCCAUCAGGCUUCUGCCACUCAGGAUAAUCAUUACUUCAAUCAGUCCAGCAUUGAUGACCUUUGUGUGAAGAUCACUGCAGAAGUGACUGGAGGAAGUGGAGCUGAUGCCAGCAAGGACUGCCUUGAACUGUUAGGCUCUAGAUCUCUGAGUGCUCAUGAUUUCAGGAAAUGUUUUCUUCCCAAUGACUCUGCCCUGAUCUUGUCUUUAUGUGGCAAUGAGUCUUUUCCUUUUCUGCAGGAUGGAAGCUGGGCAGCAGAAUAUUGUUCUAAAAUCUUCUCAAAUUCUUCCAGUACUUACUACAGGGAAAAACUGUGUGACUACCAAAACUGGAGAGAACAGCAUUUCAUAAAUUCAACCCUGCUCAAGCUCUGUGAGGAUACAGUUGGCCUUAAAGAUUAUAUUUGCAGGAAUACAUCCUUUUACUUUAAACUAAUUCAAGAGAGCCCUUCACUCUUAGGUUAUUGCACUGACCUUGAAAUGAAGCAUCAGAGUAAAUGUGUCCUCCAGCAGAUUUUUGACAUGUUGCCUGCUCCUUAUGAUUUUGAUACAUCUCAGCUGUGUGGAAACCCCAUACCAGUUUUGUUGGGAGCCCUGCAGAAGCUGAGUUUAUGUGAAGGGGCAGCGGAUGAGCGCGUAGGUUGGCUGGCCACAGUAAGCUAUAUGCUUCGUGUGCUGGAUUUUGUUGUGGGGUUUUCAGCAGGCCAUGAGGAGGGUGAACAUGAGGUGCGUCAGGGCCUUGGCCAAGCAAUCCUCCUCUCAAGUCUCCUCGAUAACGCCUCCUUCUGGGCUGCACUACAGCCCAAUGCAUCCAUAAGUGUUCUGCAGAGUGUUAGCAUCUUCCUCAAGCGAGAGCAGAACCCCUCUGUCAAGGAAGAUCUUUUGAGCUGCUUUAGUCCUGUACUAUGGGACCUCAUUCAGAAGGAGGAAAACUCCUCUGCACUAAGAUUUCUAAUACAGGAGUACCUCCAAAUGCCCAAGGAAAGCAUUCGUACUCUAGUACUAUCAGCAGAAAAGGAUGCAGUGAAAAGAUUUCUCUCCCAUGUGCAUCAGAGCUGGGACCAGCUACAAGUGGAGAAAAUCCAGGUCUCUCAAAAAGAACAGCAGGCGAUGGAGACCAUGACAGCUGCAUUCAUCCACAAAUUCCCACAUGUCACUCCGGAGCUAUUUGUUGACCUCUCACAGUUCAUCCCUUACAUGUCAGUCACUGAUAUCAUGAGCUUCCCAGCAUCUCUGAUGGUCAAUGAGAGUGUGUUACUGGCUAUUCGUGAUCACAGCCCAGAGAUGAAAUCCCUGCAGAAACAAGCAUUUGUGAAGCGACUCUUGCAGUCCAGUAUGGUGGGAGAUGUUCCUUCUUGGCCACCAUACUUUCUAAAUUCCAUUUUGCCUUUGCUGCCGCAUCUACCAGUCAGUCACUUUCAGCAGCUAACAUCACUGCAGCUUAGCCCACUGGUGGAAUUGCUGGGUAACAGCAGUUUGGAUGCUACAAGGGGGCGCCAUGUUCUUCGCACACUGUUCAGUAAGAGGAAUUUCACAAGUGAUAACUUAUUGAGAUUGGGAAUUCUUAUGUGUUAUGUGAAUCCAGAGGAUCUGCAUCCAUUUAUAUCAUCAGCACUCACGCCAGCUCUGUGGCAGCAGCUGGCUCAUUGUGUCACUGAGGGACACGUCAGUGCCAGUGGAAGACUGUCUCACUGGCUGGGAAUUGCUCUUAGACCCUUGAAUGCAACUGCCAUGUCUUUAUCCUCACUGGAAUCUAUGCGUGGAUUAUUGCCUCAACUGGGAGUCACAUUCAUGCAGACAAUUUCCACUCGUGAGUUACUGGAGGUAUUCACACUGCCAGGUGUGCCAGCUUUACCCCCAGCUCAGGCAUUCCUGAUAUUGAACAAAAUCUCUGAAGAAACAAAUGUCAGCGCAAACACUCUGUGCAGGUUAAAGCCAUUAUUUCCAGGUCUGGGGCCUUCAGUCUUAAGACGCCUGGUAGUACCUGAGUCCACAGAUGCCCUAGAGUGUGAGUGCUGGAGCUCCCUUCUGUCUGAGCUGCAGCCUGCCCAUCAAGCCAUGAUGCACAAUGUGCUACUGCUGGCUCUAAACCGCACAUCAGCAAACAUAACUCUGCACCUGCGAUGUCUCCUGCCCUUUUUCUCCUUGAAGAAAUUAAUGACGAUGCUGGAUGGAGAAACAAUCCUGCAAGACAUUUCCCUCUACAAAGCCCUGCCCUGGUCCCAUCAUCAGACCCAAGUCCUUUUCAAAAAAGUCCAUCAGAUCAUAAACAUCACAAGACAAUCUGUGCAGGGGUUGGGGCGUAUUGCAGGUGGUAUGAGCUGUGAUUGGUUGAGACAGUGGACAAAUGAGUCAGACUUUGGUGAACUCUUACAGUUUGUCAGUGAGUUGCCGGGAGGGCUGAGACCAGCUCUGAGGAAAUGCAUAGUGGAGGAGCUUAACAGAAGACCCGAUGUGGAUGUGAAUGCCUUUGAUGCCUCAUUUGUGGUGGGAUUACCGGUGAAAAUGAUUGAGUACCUGUCCAACGAUUCUCUCACAGUUGUCCUGAAGUACAUUCAACAACACUUCAUUGAUUUCCUGCAUAUGCCCCGUCAUAAGCAGAUGGCUCUGGCAGACAAGGCCAUUGAUGUGCUAGGCAUCUCAGAGGAUAGACUCUCUGGAGCCUCUGUGGACCUGUUGGGCCCUUUUUUGCCUUUCCUGGACAGAGAUGUAUUUUCCCAAAUAGACAGAGAAGCUCUUAAAGUCCGUCUAGAGGAACUGAGGGAGUACUGUCUGCCCUCCGACUCUCGAAGAGAAAUAGCCACACUGCUUACCGACAGGAGUGUGCUGGGAGAACCAUCAUCAUGGACUGUAGGGGACAUAGAGCGCAUGGGAAGACUAGUGUUAACUUUGUCAUCGAAACAGAUCCGAUCUCUUCCCCUGGACAAUUUAGGCAUGGAAACAGUCGAGCAGGUGUUGCAGGACCUUUGGCACUGGCAGGACAGUGAGUUAGGUCAGGCAUGUAUGGACCUGAAGGACCAGAGAGAAAAGCUCAACAGUUUUCUCCACAGGAUCAUCAGAGGACGGAGGAGGAGGAGGAGGGAACCGGUACCGAGCUGUGCUGACAUUAAAGGCACGUUCCCUUCAGCCUGGCAGCCAUCUCAAUUGAGUCGAAUGGACAUGAGGGAUCUAAAGGAAUGUGUUGAGUUUAUGGGCCAAGACAGUUCUUUAAAUGCUGAUCAGCGCUAUGCACUAUGGACAGAACUCAGGCAGGUUUACAGACCAGUGAGUUUGCUAAGGCCAGAGCAGGUGCUGGAGCUGGGGUGUAUAGUAACAGAGAUGAAUGAGAGAGAGCUGCAGUCCGCUGACCUCUCCAACCAAGCUAUUGUAGCUCAUCUGGGCAAUUUUAACAUGUGGGGCACAAAGAAGAUGAGAGCAGCUGUUCUGGGUAUUCUGCGCCGACGUGGGAAGAAGCCAGAAGAGCUUGGCAUGGAGGACCUGGUCUCCCUUGGACACCUGCUCUGUGGUCUGACCUCUUCACAAAUCUUGCAGCUAGAUCCCUACAAUCUAAGCUUGGCUGCUCUGUUUCUGAGGGAAACGGUUCUGCCAUGCUCUGAACAGCAGACAGCGGCUCUGACUUCUCGACUAUUUAGUCCUCAUGCUUUCGGUCCAGUCAGCAGCUGGGGCGCAGAGGUCUUCACAGAGAUUGGGACUUUGGCAGCUGGGCUGGAGGACAUGGUAUUGUCUGCCCUAAUAAGAGAGCAAAUGGAGGGACUGACUCCUGAGGCAAUAGCUCUGAUACCCCCAAGGAAGAUGGCUGUGGUGUUCAGUGCGGCUCAGCUGUCUUGGCUCAGUUCAGAGCAGGCAUUUGCAGUGACAGAGGAACAGUGGGCAGAGCUAGACAGUGAGCAGAGACAUGCUGUAUCCAUGGCACAGUAUGAGGGCGAGAUCAUGCUUGGGCAUCGCGGUAAGUUGAAUGAAAAGCUAAACAGCUAA